AUGACAGCAGCAGCAGCAGCAACAGACGCCACCCCAACAGCAUCAGCAGCUAAAGCAAUACAAGCAGCAGCAACACCAACAGCAGCAGCAACAACACCAACAGCAGCAGCAGCAACAGCAGCAGCAACAGCACCAGCAGCAGCAGCAGCAGCAGCAGCAACACCGCCACCACCACCACCACCAGGAGCAGCAGCAGCAGCAGCAGCAUCAGCAGGAGCAGCAGCAUCAGCAGGAGCAGGAGCAGCAGCAGCAGCAUCAGCAUCAGCAGGAGCAGCAGCAUCAGCAGGAGCAGGAGCAGCAGCAUCAGCAUCAGCAGCAGCAGCAAGUAGAUUACCUGCAUUGGUCUGA